UCAGUAUAAAAUGGUGUUAAACUUAAAAAUGGCUGGCGGACUGCUCACUUCCAGUCUAAGGUCGCGAGGUGCCCUGUGCAUGUGCCAGCGCUUCGGAUCCGGGUGCGCAAAGAAGGGUGGCAAGGACCGGUGCCCCACGGUCAACAAAAACUAUCCGUGCGGUAGGCCAGAAAGUGAGCCGAAAAUCAAGAGGGUUACGCAGCCAAAGCUCAAAUCCAUGUGGCUGAACCCGUUCUGCGAUCCCGAGGACACGUACUGCCCGUUCAAUCCUCGCUUCGACGACAUCUACUAUGUGGAGUCUGACAAGGCGAAACGCAAGUACUGGCAGACCUGGGUGGCUUGCCCUCCUAUCAAUAUCAAGCCCAAGAAGAUCUGCUGCUAUGCCCAGGCCAAGCCAGCUCCGGUGAAGCGGCGCAAGCGCCAGGCCAGGCCAGCUACUGCUUGCCCCCAACCCUGUCCCGAACAUCAGGAGGGUUCUUGCCCCAAAAUUCCCAGACGCUGUCACAAGGAAGGAAGAACCCCGUCCAUAUGUAACAAAAAUCGAGCCCCAGCGGACUGCGUCAAGCCCCUGACCCCGUAUCCUUCAUUCUCCGAGUGCAAGAGGAGUAAGCUCGCAGCCGCACCCCCGCAGGAGUGCAACUGCACUGCGGUACCUAUGUUGUGCGAGGUCUGGGCUAUGUAUCGCAAGAGAGCCCUAGCCAAGAGCAGAAAACCCAGCCAAUAAAAUCUGGUCAAUUUGGAGUAGACCUAGAAGUUCC